CCGUUGCCCCGGUAACUUACGCGGAACGCCAAACCUGCUCCGGAGCAGGUUAUGUUUCAGGAUAAGAGCUCAGCGGGUAUAAAAGACCGCCCACUGACCAAUCGGUUCUCUUGGAAAAUGGCUUGCCCACUUUUGCCGGAUCGCGUGGAUGCCGUUGCUCGGAUCGUGAGAGGAGCGCUUCGACGAGAACGCUAUUUUCGUGACAGGUGUAACCCUUUUGAUUUACCAGAUGACAUUCUGUACGAGCGUUACAGAUUUUCUUUUGAGGGGCUGCUUUAUUUAAGUGAGCUGUUGGAGCCUUACGUGGCGAACGUCACUCACCGCAGUCGGGCGCUCACAGUCCCGCAGACGGUCUGCCUCGCGCUGAGGUUCUUUGCCACCGGUGAGUAUUCAUACAGAUUUACUUGUCCAAUUACAACUAACAAAGCACGGCUCGCAAGAAAGGGCUAUAGAAGAAUUUGUAUGAGUCUCCUUUAUUCCCCCACUCAUCCAUUUCCUCCAAACACACAGGCACUUUCAUGUAUGCUGUGGGAGAUGCAGAGAACCUCAGCAAAAACACCUGCUGCAAAGCAAUCCACAAAAUGGCGAGGGCACUGAGCGAUCUGCUGGACAAGUUUGUUAUUUUCCCCGGACAUCUGGCUCUGCAUGCAAUCAAAGAGGGGUUUUAUGCACUGGCAGGUAGGUCCAUAAAUGGCAAGUCCACAUAUUAUACUUUUCCAUGUAUGUAUUUGGAUAUUCAAACCUUAUUCUCUUUUCUCAGGCUUCCGCAGAGUGAUGGGGGCCAUAGACUGCACUCACAUCCCCAUUACAGCCAGUCUGGGACCAAAUGAGGCAGACUAUGUAAAUAGAAAAAACUUCCACAGCAUCAAUACUCAGGUAGUGUGAAGUCUAAGCGAUGCACUAAUAUUUGUAAUAUACUAAUAUAAGUUCCAGUUUUAUGUGGCAUAUCAGUCAUUUUGAAUGUAUUUAAGCAGAUUCGAAAACUCCUGUUAACACCAAAUGUGUCUGCAGAUGACAUGUGACCAUCAAAUGAUGGUCACUAGCCUUGAGGCAAAGUGGCCAGGCUCUGUGCAUGACUCCCAGAUCUUCAGAGAGUCACAGCUGUGCAGGAAACUCGAGCAGGGUAAAACUACUGUACACUGAAUUUGUUCUUUGAUGUCAACCACAUUUUCAGCUCCUCAAGGCUCUUCCUCUUUAUCUGCAGGGCUCUUCAGUGGAGUGCUGCUGGGAGACAGAGGGUACGCCUGCCAGCCCUACCUACUGACCCCCUAUCCUGACCCUGGUGCCGGUCCACAAACUUUGUUUAAUGUGGCCCUGGCUAAAACCAGGGUCAGGAUAGAGAUGACCUUUGGGGUCAUCAAGGCCCGCUUCAACUGUCUCCGUGGGCUCAGGAUGGCUCCAGAGAGGGCCUGCAGAGUGAUUGCAGCUUGUGUGGUGCUGCACAAUAUUGCAGCCAUACAGCGGGAGAGGGUCCCUCCUGUUGACACCCCCCCCCCCUGAUGUGGUGGACCCCAUCACCGUGGACUUCCCUUCAGGGAGGGCUGUCCGGGAGGCCAUAACCGAACAAUUUUUUCUAUAGGCACGAGAAGCGUGAUUUUGGUUUGUAUUUUGAUUUUAUUGGGAAAGUCUUUUUUUUUCACGUUCCUGCAAGAAAAAGGAAAAACAUUAUUCCACAACUGUACUCUGUGAGCAUGAGCGCAGCCCACUGCAGGGCAGAUGUAACCUAAUUUCCUUGGAGGAUGAUCACAUGUGAAAUUGCCAUUGCUUCUCUUUAUACAAGAAAUUGCGUUACCUGUUUGUCAUACUCCAGUGUUUCCACCUCUAAUGUUAAUUUUUUGAUUUUGAGCUGUAACACUUUCUUUUGGAGUGCUUUGCACUCAAUGUCCUCUUCCAGCUGUCUUUUGUAUAGCGCCCUCACUGUGUCGGCCCCGGGCUGAAAUCAAACACAUGCAGUUGCUUCAAUGUCCAAGCAUUUCCCUCUUUACAUUGUGUGCUUGAAAAUGUGCCUAUUAAACUUUGGUUAAUUUGAAAAUGGAUUACAUUUUGUGAUUCCCUUCUCUUGGCUGGUCUAGAGGUGGAGGCCACUGGCUCAGGGGCAGCUGGGUUUGCCUCUUCCUGUGAAAGAAGAACAAUUGAAAUUGAGUCACAGGAUGAGAGAGCAUGUGAGCACACUUAUCAUUCACAGCAGCAGACCCCAUCACCUGUGGAAUUUGCCAUUGAUAAAUAACUGCCACAAUCUCCCCACCACUGUGAGAACCACUUUAGAAAAGAACAAUGACUAAGUUGUACUGGCCAUGGUCUCUCUGAGCAGGCUGAGAGAGUCUCAUCAUCAAUGACCGCCGCCUACAUCAAUGAUGACAAAGGUUUUGUUGGGUGAAGGAAUCAUAAGCAGCCACAGGUGAAUUAUGUGAAUGGCUGGUUGAAUUUGCAGUUACCUCUGUAAGGGGCAAUUUUUGCUUGGGUGGAGGUAGCAGCGUGACAGUCAGUGUGUCACUGUCCACUGGGGAGAAACAUUAGAACAUUAGCAGUCACCUUUCACAAACAACUCUGUGCUUUUUGAGCAAGUCAGUGGUUUGCCUUUGCCUCACUGAAACGUACCCUGUACAAAGCAGGAGCUCUGCGAGCUGCUACCCCCACCAGGGUCAGAAGUCACGCCACCCUCGAUGCCCUCAGUGGCUGGGCGACCCCUGUUUAAGGAGAGGGCCAGCUCCUCAGCCGGGGUGAAGUCUUCUGGAGCUGGCCCUCCCCCGGUUUGUUUGGCCGCACAUUUUUUCUUAUGGGCUGCAAAUAAUAUCACACGACCUCGUUUAUCAUCAUCCUACAGCUGAGACAUUGUGAGGAAAUCGCUGUGUACAUGAUGAAAUACUGUAUGUACAAAUACCAUCUGCCAAUAAACCUACUAACCACUCUGAAGGAUAUUUUUAUAUUUAUGUCGGAUUUGCUCCCACGUUCUUUUUCCCCCACUGCUGCAGCAUCUGAAAUCAUGAGGUCGAUGAUGAUGGUGAUCAAACACUGAAUUACAACACCUUUGGGGACCGUAAAUUAAUGAACGCACAAAUGAAGCGACAUCUAUCCGUGCCAUCGUGAUGACACAUUAAUAUCUUCAUCGUAGUGACUUACGCAUUUACAGAAUCGGCAAUUUUUUGCCAGCAGUCCCUCCGGA